AUGCAGCGCACAAAUAGGUUAAGAGAAACGCCCGUCUAUAUAAUCCAUUCCACAAGUUUCAUUCACGCUCGAUUCAUUUCGCACACACUCAACAAUGAAAAGCCUCAUUAUCUUCGUCGUCGCUCUCCUCUGUAUCAUUGUUUCACCGACCACAACGAUGGGAGGUUGGCCAAAACCUUCAGAAGUCUCUAAUGAGGAGAAGCUGGUGAAUACCGGCCAAGCUCAACCCCAUUUAUACGCUGGUAAACUCCAUUUUGGAGAUUCCAAAGUCUGGAAAUGUACCUAUAAUAACGGAUCUGGAGCGGCCAUUUCUAUUAGUUACCCUUCACCUCCUCAACCACCGUCACAAAAGCCUCCAACUCCGUCGUCUCCCCUGACUCCUAAGAUGGCUCCGCCACUACCUAAACCCUCACCUCCACGUCCAUCUCCGAAGAAGUCUCCUCCACCUCCUAACCCAUCUCUUCCGCCUCCGCCUCCACCUCCGCCUCCGCCUCCUAAACCCUCAUCUCCGCCUCCUAAACCCUCACCUCCGCCUCCUAAACCAUCGCCUCCACCGACUCCUAAAAUGUCUCCGCCAUCACCUACACCAUCACCUCCACGUCCAACUCCAAAAACGUUUACUCCACCUCCUAACCCAUCAUCUCUGACUCCAAAUGAGUCUCCUCCACCUGCUAAAACAUCAAUUCUGAUCAUUCACUCUCCACCACCGCCACACGAACCAAUCCCAGCACAAUCCCCUCCAAAAGAACCAACAACGCCAUCAACUCAAUGGCCUCCUUAUCGGAAUUGGAAUCCGUUGGGGCAUUUCAUUAACUGCAUAACCGAAUUUGGGCCGUCGGCAGUAUGCAAGCAACAAAUAGAGGUAAGUUACUACACAGGGAGGUUUCGUGUAAGUGACUAUUGCUGCAACCUUUUCGUCAACAUGAGAAAUGAGUGUUCUGAUGUCAUUUUGGGCUUCUACGACGAUCGCUACUUCCUUCCUCUACUUCGCUGCACUUGCCACGUCAAGAUAUACUAACUCCUUCUAGGGCUUUCUUUUCUUAUUUUAGGUUCUUUAGUCUUGUAGUUUUGGUUACUUUUCAGAAAAGAAUAAUAAAAAGUUUCUUCCUUUUCACA